AUGUUGCUUGGGAGAAGCAAAUAUGCGGACCAUGCAGCAUUGCAUGAAGAACUCCCUCCCAACUAUCUCUUUCCCUCCGAAGAUGCUUCGGACGACCUGACCCAGCUCACCACCCUCCUGGCCGGACCACAGGGUACGCCAUACUCCCAGGGCCUAUGGCGAUUACACUUGAAGAUGCCGGAGGAUUACCCUAAGAGCCCGCCAAAGGCGACUUUCAGAACACGCAUAUGGCAUCCGAAUGUGGAGGAAUCGACAGGGGCGGUCUGUGUGGAUACACUGAAGCGAGACUGGAAGUCCAAUCUGACCUUGAAGGAUGUCUUGAUCACUAUCUCAUGCCUCCUGAUAUAUCCCAAUCCCGACUCCGCAUUAAACUCCGCAGCCGGCGCACUGCUCCAAGAGAAUUACGAUGCUUUUGCUCGCCAAGCAAAAUUGAUGACUUCGAUCCACGCCCCUGUCCCAACAGAGCUAGCCUCAGCAGUAUCUGAGGCAAAAAUGAGAGGCGAGGACGCCGGAGCGGUCAUCCCAACAGAGCAGGAGGAUUCUCGCUCCCUACGACCACGGAAGGGGACCAGAAUUGCCUCAGUCACAAUGAAAAAGCGAAUUACCCGGUAUAGUGAGGAAGAAAGCUCUAGCUCACGAGCAUUCUCUCAUCAACCCUCUACACCCAUUGAAUACCAGGAGCGGCAACCAGAAGAGGAACCUCACGAUACCCCUAACACGACCAUCUCCGACGAUGAAUCGGAAACAUCCACCAACGCCAGCAAAGAAAACGACCCUUCUCUAUCACCCUCUCCCGUACGACUUACACUACCUACCAUUCGCAAAAACGUCUUUGGCAAACGACCGCUGUCCGUUCUGACCAUGCCAAUGGACCUGGACGACCCCUUUGCCGUGGACACAGAGGACAUGACUGUAGAUGGCAUGUCCGCAGAUGGCAUGUCCGCAUCCGAAAAGAAUAUCGCAGCGAAUAACCCCAGCGACAUUCCUCACCGCGGCCACUCCCCACAAAGGAAAUCUCCUAAGCUCUCUAUCCUCGACAAAGGGAUUAACUCGUCAGGACGGAUACGCGAAGAUGUGCAAAUCUUCGAAGAUGAUCCCGACCCUGCGGAAUUAGGCUUUGUGCGUCGAGCCAGCGGCGACGGCAAGGAGAACCCUCGCGCUCUAAACGGACUCAAAGAUAGCGACCCAACAAUAACGAUGUCUCAUCCCAGCAAUCCUCCCACCAUCCUCGCUCCAUCUGCAUCUACCUCGGUCCCAUCGGGCUCGAAAUUAUCAAAACCAGUGAUGGGCUCGCGGAAAGUCUCAAGUUCAAAAGCCAAAAAGGCCAAACCUCGAAUCGGCAUUCGCAGACUGUAA